GCGGAGCGGGCGAGGCAGCGCGGGGCCGAGGCCGGGCCGGCAGCCGCUCCGCCUCCCCACUCGCAGGCCCCGACGGUCGCGCCGCGGGCUCUCCCGGUGCCCGAGGACAGACGCAUGGCGCCCCGGGAGCCGCGCUGAGCCCCGGGUCGCGGCGCCGCGGGCGGCACCAUGGCCCUGGAGCGGACGCUUCAGGCGGCGCGCCAGGGCGACCUGGACGUGCUGAGGUCCCUGCACGCCGCCCGCCUGCUGGGGCCCUCGCUGCGCGACCCGCUGGACGCGCUGCCAGUGCACCACGCGGCCCGCGCCGGCAAGCUGCAUUGUCUGCGCUUCCUGGUGGAGGAGGCCGGUCUGCCCGCAGCGGCCAGCGCGCGCAACGGCGCCACGCCGGCCCACGACGCCGCCGCCACCGGCCACCUCAGCUGCCUGAUGUGGCUGCUCUCUCAGGGCGGCUGCAGAGUGCAGGACAGAGACAACUCUGGUGCUACAGUCCUGCACCUGGCUGCCCGCUUCGGCCACCCCGAGGUGGUGAACUGGCUGCUGCGCCACGGCGGUGGGGACCCCACCGUGGCCACAGACACAGGCGCCCUGCCUCUUCACUACGCCGCCGCCAAAGGAGACUUCCCCUCCCUGAGGCUCCUCGUCGGCCACCACCCUGAGGGAGUGAAUGCCCAAACCAAGAACGGUGCCACGCCCCUGUACCUGGCGUGCCAGGAGGGCCACCUGGAGGUGACGCAGUACCUGGUGCAGGAGUGCGGCGCGGACCCGCACCUGAGCGCCCACGACGGCAUGACCCCGCUGCACGCCGCGGCGCAGAUGGGCCACAGCCCGGUCAUCGUGUGGCUGGUGAGCUGCACCGACGUAAGCCUGUCGGAGCAGGACAAGGACGGCGCCACGGCCAUGCAUUUCGCGGCGAGCCGCGGUCACGCCAAAGUGCUCAGCUGGCUCCUGCUGCACGGCGGCGAGAUCUCGGCCGACCUGUGGGGCGGGACCCCGCUGCAUGACGCCGCCGAGAACGGGGAGCUGGAGUGCUGCCAGAUCCUGGUAGUGAACGGCGCGGAGCUGGACGUCCGCGACCGAGACGGGUACACGGCCGCCGACCUCGCGGACUACAACGGCCACAGCCACUGCACCCGCUACCUGCGCACCGUGGAGAACCUGAGCGUGGAGCACCGUGUGCUGUCACGGGAUCCAUCCGCUGACCUGGAGACCAAGCAGCCUGACUCGGGCAUGUCCUCACCCAACACCACCACGUCGGUCCAGCCACCAAACUUUGACCUCAGCUCGCCGGCCAGCACCCUGUCCAACUACGGGUCCUGCUCCUCCGGCCACUCCAGCAUCAAGGGCCGGCGCCCCCCACGUGGGCUUCCCAGCACGAGAGCUGCAGACAUACAGAGCUACAUGGACAUGCUGAGCCCAGAGCCGGGCCUGCCCCGGAGCAGGAUGGAGAGACCCAAAGCACCACCGCCACCACCCAGCUUCGCUCCACCAUUCUCACCCCCAGGCACCCAGAUGCCCCCACCCCCGCCAGGCUACCCAGCUCCCAAGCCCCCCGCGGGGCUACAAGCAGCUGACAUCUACACGCAGACGAAGAACAAACUCCGCCAUGUGGAGACCGAGGCCUUCAAGAAGGAGCUGAGCUCCCGCGACGGCCGCAACGGGCUGCGGAGGCAGGACUCCAGCCGCAAGCCCCGCGCCUUCAGCAAGCAGCCCAGCACGGGGGACUACUACCGCCAGCUGGGCCGCUACCCCGGGGAGCCGCUGGCCGCGCGCCCGGGCAUGGCGCACAGCGAGGAGGUGCGUGCCCGCCAGCCCGCACCCGCAGGCCGCCCGGGACCCGGCCGGGCCGCCCGCGUCUCACUCGCUGGCCCCUCCGCUCCCCCGCAGGCGGCGCUGCUCCCCGGGAACCACGUGCACAACGGCUGCGGCGCGGACCCCAAGACGUCCAGGGAGCUGCCCCCGCCGCCCCCGCCGCCGCCGCCCCUGCCCGAGGCCCUGAGCUCGCCGCCGCCCGCUCCUCCUCUGCCCUUCGAGGGCUCUGGCCCUGGCUGCGGGCAACGUCGCUCCUCCUCGUCUACUGGCAGCACCAAGUCUUUCAACAUGAUGUCCCCGACGGGCGACAACUCAGAGCUACUGGCUGAGAUCAAGGCGGGCAAGAGUCUGAAGCCGACGCCGCAGAGCAAGGGGCUGACCACGGUGUUCUCGGGCAGUGGGCAGCCGGCCUCCCAGCCCGACUCGCCGCUGCCGCCGGCCUCGCCGGCACCGUCACGGGCCCGGAGCCCCACCCCGCCGGCCGCGGGGUCCCAGCCACUGCUCAACGGCAGCGUGGCGCCGGCGCCGCCUGCCACCCCUGCGCCGGGCGUGCAGCUCGACGUGGAGGCGCUCAUCCCCACGCACGACGAGCAGGGCCGGCCCAUCCCCGAGUGGAAGCGCCAGGUCAUGGUGCGCAAGCUGCAGCUGAAGAUGCAGGAGGAGGAGGAACAGAGGCGGAAGGAGAAGGAGGAGGAGGCCUGGCUGGCCAGCAUGCCCGCCUGGAGGCGGGACAUCCUGCGGAAGAAGCUGGAAGAGGAGAGGAAAGAGGAGGAACGACAGAAGCAGGAGGAGAUGCAGCGGGAGAAAGAGCAGUCGGAGAAGCUGCGGACGCUCGGCUACGACGAGAGCAAGCUGGCGCCCUGGCAGCGACAGAUCAUCCUGAAGAAGGGGGACAUCGCUAAGUACUAGACGCCGCCCUCCUGCUCGCAGCCUCGCGAGCUUGGGGCCGCCCCCAGACCCCGCCCCAGCCUGCCAGGCCCGGGCCGAAGGGCUGGGAGCCGCGCCGCCCUCCCCUCCCGCGCUGGAACCCCUCCUUGACCCCUACCCCGGGCACCCCCCUUCCCCCGCACCCGCAUCCCCAGCCCCGGGCGACGCUGGAGCGCGCCCGCCGCCGCAGUCGCCCAGAAAAAGUGCCCAAGCUGUUGACGCAAAAAGACGCUGCUUAUUUGCAUGCCUACUUACGUAUAUUUGCAUGUUCGUUGAAUGUCAAAGUGUGCAGAGCUCUCCCCAGCCCCGUGGGUGGUGACCUUGGUUUCCUGCGGGUCGCGCGCCCUGCUGCCGCCCCCUCCCCUGCACCCCGGAACCCGCGUCGCUGGCGCAUCCUGGGCGGAGGCAGGCCCCGCGCUCGGGGAAGGGGUUUUCCUCUCUCCCUGACCCAGAUCAGCGCCCGGCCUAGCCCCGGCCGCAUUUCCCAUCCCCGCCGAGGGUUUCCUCUCAGUCAUUUGUUUACCAGAAACGAUGAAAACUGCAAACUGCCCGUCGGGACAGCGUUGCCGCUCCCGGCGCCCCACCUCCGAGUCUGCGCGCCGUCCCCAGCCAGGCCCCGCACUCCCCGGACGCUUUCACGGUCCUGGUGGAGUGAGUGGAGGACGAGGGAUCCUGAAGCUGUGUCUCCAACUGCUGCCUCCCCGG